AUGGACGGCGACAAUUAUUCUAGAGGACUGAUCGCAACGAUCGUAGCGAUCGUGGCGAUCGUGAGCGAGGCGAGCGCAGCCGAAGACGAUCACGCUCACCCGCAGACUAUAGGGGAGGGAGAGGUUUACGUCGUGAUGCAGAAGCUGACAGCUAUUCGUCCUCCCGCAGCCACAGAGAUCGGGAACGAGAGGACCGCUACUCUGGUAGAGACAGACGUGACCGAGAACCGUGGGAUCGCGACAGAGAACGGGAACGGGACCGUGGUGUUAGACGAGAGGUGCGACGAGAUGAGGAUCGGCAAUUACAGCGCGACGCGCACGACACUCGGCCUCGUGGUGGCCGUAGAGAACGAGAAAGAGAUUUUGACCGAGAUCGCGAUCGGAGGCGGAGUCCCUCUCCGCCUCCCAAGAAGAGAGGAGCUACCCCAGAUCUCACCGAUGUGA